AUGGGGCGAUACUCCGACGAUGGCGACACCGCGUCCAUCCCGGACUUCACCCGCGGCGUCACGGUGACCGCCGACGGGAUGGUCCGCAAGGAAGACUUCGACAACGCGAUCAAGUCCGCCCAGGAGGCGUUGCGCGCCAAGACGUCCUCGUCGCAGAUGAUGCUCGAGCAGGCGAGCUCCGCCAUGCGCAACGCCGUCUCGGCGCUCUCCCUCUCCGAGCAGGAGGUGGCGAACCUGAGGGCGGUCGUCAAGGAGCUCAAGGAGGGGCAGGACGGCGCGAGCGGCAACGAGGCGGUCAACCGCGAGCGAGCGCAGCUCCGCGCCGCUCAGCAGCGCGUCCAGGAGCUCUCCCAGAACUUCCGCGCGCUGCAGAACGAGGUUGCGAGGAUGCGGUACGAGCAGGAGGGCGUGGACAUGCCGGUAGCCGCCAAGUUCCCGGUUCGCAUCGAUCCCAUGCUCUCAUCCAAGGUUGUCGUCAUAGCGCAGCUCGUCAUGCUCGGGUACUCCUACGCCGACUCCGAGGACGCCGUCGACGCCGUGCGCGUCCACGACACCGAGCUCGCGCUCGAGUGGCUCGAGGGCAGAAACGUUCGAAAGACGUCGAUGCUCCCGGGAACAGAUCGUCAAUCGUCGCAGUUCAAGCUCGGAUCCGCCGCGCGCCACGCCGGCGCCGAGGCCGGCCAGCGCGAACAAACACACGCGCAAAGCCCGCCGAGGCUGCUCAAGGCGCCGACAUCCCCGCGGGAGAGGACGUCCCCGAGGUCGAUCCUCCCGACCCGAGGAUCGCGCGACGAUCCCGAUUUCGCCAACGCCGCGAAGCACCGCCGUCCCGAACACAGGGGCAACUACAAUCCCUCGGACCUGUACAGGGCCCGCAAGCGCGCGGUGACGGUGCUCAGCGAGUGCGCCGAGAACCCGCCGCCCAACCUCUCCCGUCCCAACCAGCUGAGGCGCCAGACGGAUGCGCUGGCGGCGCUGACGCGGCUGACGGAGGGCGUCGGCGCGCACCUUCUCGUGCAGCUCGGGUGCAUCAGGGUGGCGACGCGGGUGAUGCAGCGGGAGGCGAACAACAAGCGCGUCGUGUCGCUGUGCCUGGACAUGAUCCGCGGUCUGCUCGUGAACCCGCUCUCGUUUGUUCACGCGUCGAGGUCGCGCGGCUUUGAGGAGAUGCCUCGCGCGAUUUGCCAGGUGGUGGACAAGUACCACGCCGACGACAUGGACGCGUGCGGCGCCGCGGCCGCCACGUUGUGGCCCGCGGCGACCGUCGGUAAGCGCCCCGCGCAGGACGCCAUCGUCAACGCCGGCGCGGUGGACUUUAUCGCGCGGGCGCUGUGCCGACCCAAGAGCGACGACCCCUCGGGGGCGAAUGUCCGUAAGCUCAUCGGGUGCCUGCUCGCUCUCGCCAUCCGCAACGCGCGGGUGCAGGAGCACAUGGUCAAGUCUCGCGUCCGCGCCCUCAUCCGCAAGGGCCUGGUGGAGCACGCGCACAUAUCCUUCAAGGGCGAGUUCUCCGCGCUUCGCGACUGGACAAAAGACGAGUUUACAAACCCGACGCCGCUCCCGAACGGGGUGACCAUCGACCCCUCCGGCUACAAGCCGCCGUCGAGGAAAGCCUCGUCGCCGCCGGGCAGCCCUCAAGCCAAGCGGGGAGCGCAGCCGCCGAACUCGAUGCUCAAGUCGCCGGCCGGUGAGACGCCCGCGGGCGGGCGACGCAAGGCUCCGGCGCCCGCCGGUCCCGUCGCCGAGCGACUGGGUCUCAAACCCGACCAGAUGUACCUCGUGAGGAAGCAGGCGGUGACGAUGCUCUCCGCGAUGGCGGUCAACCCGCCGGGCAAGAAAUCGGGCGUCUCCCCGCGAGAGUCGGAGGAGACGGCGUACCGUUGCCUGCUCGCCCUCGCCAGGCUCUCCGCGAAGGACUCGGCGUACAUCGUGUUGACCAACGGCGGCCCCCGCGCGGCGAUCGACUGCCUCAGGCUCUACCCCGCCAACAUGGACGUCACCUACGCCGCUUUCAAGGUUCUCCGCGGCUUGCUCGGCAACCCCAGCACCAUGAUGAAGCUCCGAAAGCAGAAGAGGUUCAGGAUCAUACCCGCCGCGGUCAUCGACGGCGUGUACAGGCACGACUCGCUCGACGUCAGGGCGGAGGCGGCGCACUGCCUCUGGACGUAUUCGGGCGUCGGCGGUGUCGACGCGCAAGACCUCGUGAUUGGGGUCGACUUUCUGCCCGUGCUCAAGUCGGGGCUGGAGGAGGCGAGGGCGAUGGACAAGGGACGAUCCGACGCUCGCGUUCGCAAGUUUGUCGGGUGCACCCUCGCGCUCGCCAAGGGGAACGAGCCCGUGCAGGACCUCCUCGUCGCCGAGGGUAUGCGAGCGCUGCUUCGCAAGUCCCUCGUGGAGUUUAAGACGAUCACGUUCAACGGGGAGUUCACCGAGCUUCGCGACUGGAUCCGCGGCGACCGCGGCGGCGCCAAGUCGGCGACGAAGAGCAGGGAGUCGCCCAACGAGCGCAGAGCCGCGGAGCUCAGGCUCGCCGAGGAUGAGCGCGAGAAGGCGGCGAGGGCGGCUGGGGGGAGGUCCGUCCCGGGGGGUGGCUUUAAAACCCCCGACGCGGGGCGCCGGAUGAUGUCCACCAGGCAGGAGCGCGAGCGCCUGCGACGCGAGGACGAGGCGGCGAUGCGCACUCCGACGAACGGUUCGAACAACGAGCGGUUCGUCGCGCCGUCCACCCUCGACCGCGGGUUGGGGGGGCGCUUUCAAGAGGCGACUCCCUUUCAAAGCCCCCCGGGUUCAAAGCUUGUCUUGUCGGACGAACCCGCGAGCGUGGCGAGCAAGCCCGCCGCUCGUCCGGACGAGUCCGGCGCCAGGUUCACCCCGAAGCCCGGCGGCUCCGGGGGCUCGUGGUCCGUCGAGCCCGCGGUGCUCGCGUUGGACGACGCGACGGACGCGAGGCGGCAUCCCGCGGCGACGGAGGCGCUCGCCGAGAUGUUCGCCGCGUCACCGGCCGCCGGCGUCGAGAUUGUCAUGCGCGGCGGCAUCGGCGCGCUCGCGCACGCCGUGGACGUGUCACCCGCGGACGGCUCGUACGCCCCCGGGGGGCUCGCGCUGAUCCACGCGCUCGCCUCCGCGGAUGCCACGUCACGACGGGUCAAGGCGGACGAGUCGGUGAAAUCGGGUCGCGCGCUCGUCGCCGUGCUCGACGCGAUGGACCGGUUCGCGCGGGACGAGCGGACGCAGCAGUGGGGGGCGAUGGCGCUGUGGGCGAUGUGCAGGGACAACGCGAGGGCCAAGGCGAGGUUGAUUCGAUCCAAGAGCAAUUCGAGGCUUCGCUCGGGAAAGUCACCCGCGGCGGUGCUCCUUUCAGCGCUCGAACUUCACGGGGAGCAAUCCGAGCCCGUCGCCAAGUCGUGCAUCGGCGCGAUGCUCUGCGUCGCGACGAACGAGCCCGAGUUUCAGUCGGAGCUCGCCGCGGUCGGGGCGCCGAGGCGGAUACUGGAGACGCUGGAGACGCACAGGGACAUGUCCUUCGCGGGUGAGUUUGACGCGCUGCGCGAGUGGCUUCGCGAAUGCGCGAGGUGA